GGCUCCAGCUGGUUCUUGGACCUCCAAGUCUGAAGGCUCCUUACAGAAGCUGUCCUAGAGGGACUUACCGUGUCCUCCAGAGACAGCAAGAACGCUGCGCCUUCAAGGAGCUCAACAGCUCCUGCAACUGAGUUUCUCAUACUUGGAAAAUGGCAGAAGUCUUUCCUACAGAGUGCAGAAGUAAACCUUGCCAUGGGAGAAACAGCUUCCUGAUCAAGAUAUUUCCUCAGCCAGGGUCGACUGAAGAGUGCAUCCCAGCAAUAAGCGGACAUCUAUUUCCACGCAAUGUUUACCCAGUGAUCCUAGGUCUACCCGUUUUGGUGCCACAAAUUUCCUGCACCGUGAAUCAAACUGUGCCGAGCCUAGGCUCCCACGGAACCAAGCCUGAGCGCCACCCGGGCACUGAGACGCGGGCUCCGCCGAGGCUGAACGAGGCAGCGGGACCGGUCCGCGCCUGAGCAUGGAGAUGAAGCGCCAGGGAGGGCAUGUCCGGGGCGCCGGAGACGCCAGGCCCGAGUAGCUCCUCCAUGGAGCCUGCCCAGAGCGGUCCCUGCUCGCCGAAUUCGCCCCCAGUCCUGUGCGGCUGCUGAGAGCGCUCCUUGCUCUGUAAAGUGGAUGUCAGGUGGAUCUAUGUUUUUGAAGGAACAAAGACUCAGCGAAAGCACCGCCGAGGAAGUUUGAGACGCGGGAGGAUGCAGGCUGCGUGCUGGUACGUGCUUCUCCUCCUGCAGCCCACCGUCUACUUGGUCACAUGUGCCAAUUUAACGAAUGGUGGGAAGUCAGAACUUCUAAAAUCAGGAAGCAGCAAAUCCACACUAAAGCACAUAUGGACAGAAAGCAGCAAAGACUUGUCUAUCAGCCGACUCCUGUCACAGACUUUUCGUGGCAAAGAAAAUGAUACAGAUGUAGACCUGCGAUAUGACACCCCAGAACCUUAUUCUGAGCAAGACCUUUGGGACUGGCUGAGGAACUCCACAGACCAACAAGAGCCUCGGCCCAGGGCCAAGCGAAGGCCCAUUGUUAAGACGGGCAAGUUUAAGAAAAUGUUUGGAUGGGGUGAUUUUCAUUCCAACAUCAAAACAGUGAAGCUAAACCUGUUGAUAACUGGGAAAAUUGUAGAUCACGGCAAUGGGACAUUUAGUGUUUAUUUCAGGCAUAACUCCACUGGUCAAGGGAAUGUAUCUGUCAGCUUGGUGCCCCCUACAAAAAUAGUGGAAUUCGACUUGGCACAACAAACCGUGAUUGAUGCCAAAGAUUCCAAGUCCUUUAACUGUCGCAUUGAAUAUGAGAAGGUUGACAAGGCUACCAAGAACACACUCUGCAACUAUGAUCCUUCAAAAACCUGUUACCAGGAGCAGACCCAAAGUCAUGUAUCCUGGCUCUGCUCCAAGCCCUUCAAGGUGAUCUGUAUUUACAUUUCCUUUUAUAGUACAGAUUAUAAACUAGUACAGAAAGUGUGCCCCGACUACAACUACCACAGUGACACACCUUACUUCCCCUCCGGAUGAGGAUGGACAUGGGUGAGACUGAAGCCUGAGGAAUUAAAGGUCAUAUGACAGGGCUGUUACCUCAAAGAGGAAGGUCACAUCUGUUGCCUGGAAUGUGUCUACACUGCUGCUCUCGUCAACUGGCUGCAAAGACGCUAGUGGAAAACAAUCCGAUGUAAUUUCUGCCCAGUCAGCUUCAUCUCUCAGCAUAGUUGUAAAUCACUACAGGUUUUAAAGGCACACUUGAAGACAUACUCUCACACAUAGAUAUACACAAACAUAUGUUCAUAUACAUUUCAGCUUGCAUCUGUCAUGAUUGCUGUCAGGAGGGCUUUCGUUAUCUGACUCAUAAUGGUUCAGGAUAAACUAUCAUCAAGCAAAAGGAUUAACUAGACAGUGAAUGGUUUCUAACACUUGCUGUUAUGGAAAUCUCUUUUAAAGUCUUGAGUACAUGCUAAUCAAUAAUCCCCACUCAUGCAUUCCUACUGCUUGGAGUAGCUGUACUGGUAAAUACUACUGUAGGAGUAUAUGCUUGUUCAAAUGGAAAAAAAAAUGUGUCUUUAGAGCUCAGUAUUCUUUAUUUUAUGAACACAACAAAGUGUAGUAACUUUUUUCCAGCAUACAGUAGGCACAUUCAAGGUAAUAUAAGAUGGCUCUUUUUUUUUUUUUUUUUCUAUGGAGGGAGCCUGUUUUCAGUAAAGAUGAGCAAACAUUUGGAAUUUACAUGUGGGCAGACAUUGGAUUACAGCUUUCAUCACCAGUCUUUGGACUUUCGCAAAGUUGAGACCAACUAAGGCUGCUUAAAACAAGUUCUGAUCAUUAUAUAAGAAGGGAAAUGCCUGACAGACACCAUGUAAGUUAUAAGUGUCUGUCUUAUCUUUACUACACAUAUUGUAACAAAUUCAAUAUCCUAGUCUUCAUUUGUAUGAAUGGUUUGUAUUGUACAUAGUUUAACCAAGUGUUAUUUGAGCUGCUUAUUAAUAUUAACUUGUACUUGUCUCUCUGCUUGUUAUUGGUUAAAAAAGAAAAAAAAAGGAUAUGAGGAAUCCAUUUUAUCAAUGUAGCUGUGACCUCCAUUAAAAAGACAAACUUAAUGUACAAAGCAUUUAUUCAGCUCAAGUAUUGUUGAAAGCUAUACAUAUACAACAUUACAGUCUGUCUGUAUUUAGAUAUUUUAUUUCUGGACAAAAUGAAAUGUACAUAAAAAUAAAAUGCUUAAAGUUGAGUUUCAA